CGGCGGCAGCAGCGGCAGGAGCAGUAAUAUCGAUCGACCUCCGUGGCGCGCCAGCACCAAGCGAGCUUUCACUCGUUCUCGCAGUCGGCGCUUGGCCGGGCGCACGAGCGCGACUUUUUCCUUCCUUCUUCUCUCCAUUUGUACACUCUUCAAUUUGCUACAAGUGUGUGUACGUUUUAAUAUGACAACGUGCAUGUGUCGUCAUCGAAGUGUGCUAGUGCGAGCGUCAAAUAAAUAGCUAAGUGGUGUUGAUACGAAAAAGAGAAAAAGUGCACUGUUGAGAAAAGAGAGACACAACCGGCCGGCCAGCAGCUGAUCGGCGCGCGCAGCGGUUCAUUCAAGGUCGCGAUGGAAGUGCCUUCUGCAAGGUCAGCUAUAUACACGUAGCAUCACCAUCAUCCUCGAGGGCUGGCUACAUUCCUAUCUUUCUUAACGUCGAACGCAAAGGAUGUGCGGCGAAUACGGCGAAGCUGACGUUACUGUUCUCGUUACUUUUGAGUCGACUUUCUCGCUGGGCGAGAGAUGAAAAGGAGAAGACUGCUACACAUUGACGAUCACCCUUAAUUAUACACACACACACACACGCACACGCACACUACACAAACAAGCGCGACAAGUUAACAUGGAAGAUUCAUCGCCGAGGAUACGCCCUUACCUUGAUUGCUGGGACAACGAGGACAAGUAUUCGGUGGCAAAUAGCCAAGCUCCUCUACAGGCUGGUGAGGACGAGCAUCCAGAACGUGGCACAUGGACCGGCAAAUUUGACUUCUUACUGUCAUUGCUCGGAUACAGUGUCGGCCUUGGUAAUGUCUGGAGGUUUCCCUAUCUGUGCUACUCCAACGGCGGUGGUGCCUUUCUCAUACCCUUUACCGUCAUGCUUGUCAUUGCCGGGCUGCCUUUAAUGUUUAUGGAAUUGUCGCUUGGUCAGUAUGCAAGUUUAGGACCAGUGGCCGCUUACAAAAGAUUCUGCCCGCUACUACGUGGACUCGGUUACGGUAUGGUACUUGUCAGCUCGGUGGUCAUGCUCUACUAUAAUCUCAUCAUCGGAUGGACUCUAUUCUAUAUGUUCGCCUCGGUUGCUGAGAUGGGCGAGUUGCCGUGGAACAAAUGCGAGGAAGAAUGGAGUACACUGGAGUGUUUCAUGCCCGAAGUCGCAUUGCAAUGUAUGAGUCAGAAUAUGACUUACUACGAGCGAAAAUGCCUCAACUCCAGCCAAUUAGCGACUCUUGGGAUUACUGAGGUGAAUCUUACCCACGCCCACGCAGUCAGGAAGCCACCCGCAGAGGAGUACUUCAAUAAUCACGUGCUUCGGCUGAGCCGUGGAAUUGAAGAAACCGGCACAAUAAGUCCAAAGAUGGCUGGUUGUUUGUUUCUUGCUUGGGUUAUCGUCUUCCUCUGCUUAAGCAAGGGCGUCCAAAGCUCCGGCAAAGUAGUUUACUUCACAGCUCUCUUUCCAUACGUCGUUCUGAUCGCUCUGUUCGUGAGAGGUAUACUGCUACCCGGCGCAAAUGAGGGUAUUUUGUUUUACUUGACACCCGACUGGAAGCGACUUGCCUCGGCAAAAGUAUGGGGCGACGCCGCCGUACAGAUAUUCUUCGCGUUGAGCCCAGCUUGGGGUGGCUUGAUCACACUCAGCUCGUACAACAAGUUCACCAAUAAUUGUUACAAAGACUCACUGAUCGUGGCAAUCAGUAAUAUCGCCACCUCAUUCUUCGCGGGGCUCGUCAUUUUUUCCGUCAUUGGUUUCCUCGCACAUGAACUGGAUGUGCCCGUCGCUCAGGUUGUCGAUCAAGGCGCUGGGCUUGCCUUUAUUGUUUAUCCCGAGGUCGUGUCAAGACUGCCAGUAGCACCACUUUGGUCAGUGCUGUUCUUCGUGAUGCUGCUAACUCUGGGAUUAGACUCGCAGUUUGCCCUAAUGGAGACUGUAACCACUGCUAUCUUGGACGGAAUACCAGCUCUUAGGAAUUACAAGUUCUGGGUGGUCCUUGGCUGUGCCAUCUUCGGCUAUGCUGGUGGACUCAUCUUUACUACCAACGCUGGCAUGUAUUGGUUACAAUUGAUGGACAAGUACGCAGCAAAUUGGUCGGUUCUUCUCAUUGCCAUAAGCGAAUGUAUUCUGGUUGCGUGGGUGUAUGGCGCUGAUCGUUUUCUGGACGACGUGCAACAAAUGAUUGGCGUGCGUGGGCGCUGUUGGCGAAUAUUUUGGAAGUCCAUGUGGAAGAUCGUCACACCAGCGACUUUAUUCUUUAUAUUGUUUUUCAACUGGGUGGAAUACGAACCACUCACUUAUGGAACUUAUAUCUAUCCAAGAUGGGCGGAUGCCGUCGGAUGGGCUGUUGGUCUCGUGCCUGUUCUUGUCAUUGUUGGCCUUGCUAUUAGUCAACUAUUAGCAAGCAAACGUCAACGACUAGGUUACGAGGACGAAGAUGAGAACGAUGACCUUCGUGGUGGUAAUGCUUCGGAAAGUGUGUGGAAGCGAGCGAGAAAACUCUUACAACCGACUUCGGAUUGGGGUCCUGCUUCUCGAAAUCCCCUCACGCCGUCGAGGACGCUGCCACACACACCCUCACCCGUGAAAACAAUAUCCGCAGGAGGUGGUUGCGGUUAUGAGUCAGUAUGCGACACAAUAGUCUUGGUAAAUGGUCAGCCUAUGACGGUACAGGGUGCAGCCGUCAACAAUCCAGCUUCAUCGCAAAAAUUACCGGGCCCAUCGAUACUCAAGAAUUCGAGCAAGACCGACUUGAUAACUUCUCAACAAGUCUGACAAGAG